UGGUUCGUUUCAGUUCACAUCACGAGGAGAUACUGUGAUCAGGAAUAGGGGGCAGGUACCGGAUAUUGAGGCGCUGUGGGACUGAUUCUGUGUUUGUGGGCACCGGGACAACAACAGCAUUCUCCUGAAGCUGGCUACAGCAAUGAGCCAGGAGCUCUCAGACACACAUAUACGGAGAGAGAGAGACAGCCAGGACAUGCCGACUUUGCUCCGGGUGCAGAGCGCUGUCCCGUUCCUCCUGCUCCUAGCCCUCUCCCAGUCUCCUGCAGAUCGAAUUGAAUUCAAACUUGGAAGAUUUCAAGAAAUAGCAUUAUUUGAGAACAAGACGUUUGCUGUCUUUUUGUCAAACAUUCCUGAGGAUGUGACAUUCGUCAUCAUUCAAGUGCACACGAAAUAUGUUAAUACACUUCUUUCCUCUUAUAAGAUUCCUGCAGGAGAAACCUCAACAACUGGUCAAGACCCUGCCUUGCUGCUAAGCCUAAAGCCAGAGGAGAAUGCAACAAUAUGGCAUCUACAAACACUGACAGAAAACGUCUCUGCAAUGUCUGUCAUUCUCCCGUACAAAGCAAGAGAUCCUAUACCAGGUGGAUGUCGUGUGGCAUCUGACUCGAUGGUUGAUGCCAGUGUACACUUGCAGUACAACCUGUACGAAGCCACAAUAAGUUUUGCACCAGCCAAUGUUGGAUAUGCAAGAGGAGUGGUUCCCCCACUGUGUGACUUUGCUGAUGAAGAGCCCACGUUGAGACUACAAUACGAUGUCUAUCAGUUUUUCCUACCAGAGACUGACCUGACUGAAAAGGUCCUCUUUGCCUCCCUUCAGAAGAUGGCAAAAGUAGAGCAAGUGGAAGCGAAUGGAGUCAAGCUUUUCAGUCUGAGUGCACAAGAUAAGACCAGUGUAACAGUAUCAUCCAUUCCUGGCCAAGGGGUGAUAUAUAAUGUUAUUGUGAAGGAUCCCAAGAUGAACACGUCAGCAGCUUAUACCCCAGCUCAUACAUACGGCUGUAGUUUCACAGAGAAGCUGGAUAAUUGUUACACUCUGAAGCGAACUUCAACGAGAAUAUUUCUUGUUUCUGUCGGGCUCGUUGGAUUAUUUAUUUGCUUCUUUGGCCAUCGUUACCUAAAGACAGAAUUAUUCUUCUUUGGAUUUAUCCUGGUUGGGUUUGUGUCCUUUGUUCUCCUGACCCAGAGGAGCACACUGCAUUAUGAUGUUAUUUUGGGGCUGGUGGUAGUCCUGGGAUCUGUUGGUGGGAGUCUGCUGGUGAUGUGUUGGUGGAGGUCUGGCUCUGUUGCAUUUUGUGUGCUGGUUGCUGGCCUGCUCCUGGGAUUUCUGCUGUCGUCUUUGAUUUUCUUCACACCAUUGGCAAAUGUUAAAGUUUUCAAUGAUGAUGCUGUCUUCUGGGUGACCUUCAUAAGUGUAGCAUUACUUGUUCCACUGAUAUUCUUCAGCUGUCCAAGACCACUGAACAUUCUGGCCUGUGGAUUUGUUGGCUCUUAUGCAGUGAUACUAGCUAUCCACAAUUUUGUGUUCACCAGCCUGGCCUACAUCACAUUAAACAUUGUCAAGCGUGCGCUUCAUGGCGAGUUCAAGGCUGCCUUUGUAAAUGUCCCCUUCCAAAUGAACGACUAUGUUUUAAUAUCAGUGUGGGUGGUCUUGCUGGUAAGUGGAAUAGUGUUCCAGUUCUGCCAUGAGAAGGAGCAACCCAGAUUCCCCCCUCAUCCGUACAAAACCUGGAAACGAGAUCGAGAACGUCGUCAAACUAAUGUCUUGGACCCCAGCCACCACAUCCCACCCAUCAGGGAUCGGAUGAAGAGUGCACUGACUGAUGUCAAGCAUCUCUUCACAAAACAGCAGCCUGCAGGAGAACAAACCCCAUUACUCCUCUAGCCAGUGAGGGACAUGGCUUUAUCUUGUAUGCGACCAGGGUAUAUCUCUUUAAAUCCUGCCACGAGUCAGGAUUGUUUGAGCUGAUCUGCCAGAUUGUUUCUGACAUCAAGAAUUCAAAUGGUGGGCUUUCUUAAAUCACUUAAUGCUGUUACAAGAACUUUAUUUACAAUCUUUAACAUGCCGGAAUCCAUUCGUGUGGUUUAAAGGAUUGACUGAAUCUUACCUUGUAACUUGAGAUUACUGUGAACUAUGCAAUUGGCUGCUAAAUGGGUACAAACCCUGCACUGAUCCCAUUUUUGAAUUUCAGUUAGUUUUUUUGAAGUUGUGGUGACAGGACACGUGGAACUUGUACAAAUGGUCCCCUCUUCAGUUUAUCUGCACCUUGUCAUGGGAUGCUAUUGUUUUAAAAAAAAGUACUGAUUAUAUCCUGGGAAAAUGAGGAAACGUUGGUCCUUUUAAGGAUUCACAUCACCCACUGUUCCAGGAGUUGUUAAUAUCUAAACACUUCAGAGCUGUAGAAUGGUUUUGUAGCAGAAAAAUGUUUCAGACUUGCACAGUGUACUGCACAUUUAAAUACCUCAAUGAAUUCUAGAACAAAAUUUCUGAUUAUAGAAAUUGAAUUGUUUACUACAACAUUUAUUUUUGAGAAGGUUAGUUAUUUUCUUAAAGCAAAUCAACUUUGUUCCACAGUAUUCACUUUUAGUGCUAAUGGAUUGUAUCCUGGGAGACUACUGCCAUAUGACUGCAAUUAAAUAUUUAUAACCAGAAGCAUUGUAAUUGAGCUCAUCUUGGCUGAAUUAAAUUAAGCAUGCAAUUUCCCCAACUAAAGAUUCCUGUGUCCACAGAACUGAUGGAAUAAGUCAUUCAUUUAUAGCCUAUUUAUCCAUUAUUAACUCGUUGGGUGGACAGAGAUCAAAAAUUAAACCAUUUUCCUUUUUCCUUCCUUCCAGUAACCUAGCCUUAACACAACCCCUAAGGUUGCAUGGAUGGGGAAAGGGAGACCGUUUUACAGAUUACACAUUGAUGCAUUGUGGAGUCGGCUUUAAUUUCCGCUGAAACAAAGGGCAAAAUUCCAAUAUGAAAAUACUUUUUAUUUUUAAAAAAAAAAAAAAAACAGCUAGAUGUUGAAUUAGAGGAUAUUUGUUGCACA